GGCGGGAAUAAGAACGCUUCCGCUGUGUGGCUUGUGUCCGGAAGAAAACAUCCAUGAAGUGUUUGUUAAGAAUAUCCACUCAACAUUUGUUUAUCUAAUAUUACACUCAAGUUACUAUGAACUCCUGAAUCUCCAGCACGGCAGUUAAACGUUAUUUUCUUAAAGUCAUGAAGCAACUACCUCCAGACACCGUGCGGCUGUUGUCCAGCUCGCAGGUCAUCACGUCUGUGACCAAUGUUGUGAAAGAACUCUUGGAGAAUUCUCUUGAUGCUGGGGCUUCAACUAUUGACGUGAAGCUGGACAACUAUGGCUUAGACCGGAUUGAGAUACGGGACAACGGUCAUGGAAUCAAAGCAGCAGAUUCUUCCGUGAUGGCUGUUAAACACUUCACUUCCAAAAUACAGAGCCAUGAAGACCUGGAGCAUCUUGAGACAUAUGGUUUCAGAGGCGAGGCACUCGGGUCCAUUUGUGCAGUGGCAGAGGUUGCCAUCACCACAAAGACUGAGGAUGAUCACAUCAGCACCCAGUAUGUGCUUAACUUCCAAGGGCACAUCCUUUCUCAGAAGCCGAGUCACAUCGGCCAAGGUACAACAGUUUGUGCACUAAAGCUUUUCAAGAAUCUUCCUGUGAGGCGACAGUACUUCUCGACUGCUAAGAGAUGCAAGGAUGAACUGAAAAAAGUGCAGGAUCUGAUGAUGGCCUUCGCCAUUAUAAAACCUGACUUAAGACUCACACUUAUCCAUAAUAAGGUGGUGCUUUGGCAAAAGGCCAAAGUGGCUAAUUAUAGAAGUGCCCUCCUUGCUGUACUGGGGUCUAGUGCAGUGGUCAACCUACUUCCCUGUCACCAUCGUCAAGAAGAACCAGAGAUAUUUUUAGAAGGAUUUUUUCCAAAGCCAGGAGCAGACUACUCUUCUACAAGCACUUCUGUUCCAGAUAAAACCUUCAUAUUCGUCAACAACCGGCCUGUCCACCAAAAAGACAUAAUUAAGAAGCUACGUCAACACUACACUGCGCAGUACAUGGAAGAGUCAGCACAAAGUCGAUACCCAAUUCUAAUGCUUAAAAUCACAGUUUCACCUUCUUCAGUGGAUGUUAAUCUAACACCUGAUAAGACCCAGGUUCUUCUCCAUGACAAGGAAGCUUUGCUGAUUGCAUUGGAAGCUUUGCUAGUUUCUCUCUAUCAGCCUGGAAGGGUCUCUCCAAAGGAGCGGUGCAGCUCUGAAACAUUUCUUUCACCAACGCUUAAGACUGGAACUUUACAACUGAAUGAUGAGAUUUUGAAAACGAGAAGUGCAACAAACAGUGUUGCUCCAUUAGAGGCUGCAGCAAGUAGCAGUUUCAAAGAUCCACUUAAACAGUGUGACGCUGCAGUGAAUGAACAUCUUUUACCACACAGACAGGCCUCAGACUGCAGCUCUUCCUCCUCUGUAGCGGAGGACUGGAUUGUCAACCAAAUUCCUGGUGGACUAGAGUCUAAUUUCUUACUUAGUUGUGAUGAUGCAGCAUAUUUGCCAAGUUGUGAGGAAAAUCCAGUAUUAAGUGCAGACUCAAGUAAACCCCAUAUAGUAGCUGAAGACUGGUGCAGGGGCACAGCUUUUAUAGACCCAGUAUCAGGAGAACCUCUGCAACCCAUUAAAAUUCAUUUACCUUUUGCGCUGAGUCACACUGACAAAGAUAAGCUUAAGGCUCAGAGCAGCAACAACAAAAAGAUGGUCAAUGUUAUAACAGAAAAGCGGACAGCUCUGACAGCUUUUGACCUGAUCAGUAAUCGUACAAUGAAAACGCCACUGUCACCUGUCGCCCUUUUUGAGAAGGAUACCCGAGUUGAGAUUCUUAAAGAGAAACCUACUGCCAGCCUGCAGGAGAUCAGCCUCGCUGUUAAUGAGAGAUGGAAAAAUUCUGCUGAGCAAGACCGUAAGAAGUAUGAGGAGAAAGCAAAAAAACACCUGGAAAACCACAAGCGCACCUGCACCGCCAAACUGGCAGACAGUGAAAUCCUGAAAGAGCGGAUGAGCUACAAACGCAAGGCUUCACUCUCAAACCAACAGCUGCUAGACGAGCUCUUCUCUGCAAAGCCCCAAAAGAAGCAGAAGAGUCUAACGCCAAAACCUUCCAGGCCCUUCCCCUGUUGCAUGUCAAGCCUGCGGUUGCGGCUUCAGCGCCUCUCAUCCAAGAUUGGGGCAGCACCACAGGGUCUCCGUCUUGUAGCCCGGCUGGCCUCUCAGAGUGCCUGGGUUAUUUUAUGUGGUCAGAGGCUCAUGUUGUUAAACCCAUUUCGGGUGCAGGAGACCCUGCUGUUUAAGAGACUCCUACAGAAUAAUAUACUGCCAGCAGUCACUCUGCAGAAUACUAUACAUAUAACAGAAGGAAGUUUAGGGGGGACAGAGUACAUUGAGACUUUAUGCAACAUGGAGAAACAAAACCCAGACCUGAACGGUGGGAUGUUCAUCUCUGACCCAAGACUUGUGGCCAAUGGGUUUAAAGUCAGACUCACUCCAGUGGUCACGCCACCUGAGAGACAUCUGGAAGUGACAGCACUGGCAGACUGCGUACCUUUCCUCGGUGUAGAGGACCUCAGGGAGAUCAUGACUGCAGUGCAUCACAGGAAGGCCAAGACUGUCCAGGAGUGUCGGCCCCUGAAAGUUUCCAACUACCUUCAAAGUGAAGCUGUUCGACUUGCCCGGCAGAUGCCUUCACAUUUAUCAAGGGAGGAUGUGGAGGACAUCCUUCGACGGAUGGAACAGCAACUUGGUGAGGACAACCACAUCUGUUUCCACGGAAGGCCAUUUCUACAACUCCUGUGUGAAAUCCCUCAUACUGACCAGGAGAUUAAGUCUCUUCUAAAACCUUUGGGAUUAUAAAACCGAUGACGCCACAAUACCACUAGUUUAAAUAGCUGUAAUUUUAACAUAACACACCUUGUGAAAAGUUUUCGUACACCCCACUCUAUCUAUGUUUCGGUUUCCAAUUAAGAUUUUAGCCAAACGGUUUAUCCAGUUUUUGUAAGCCGUCUCGGUUACCAUACAGCUAAACAUUUGUGGUGCCAAAUUGGUCCAUUUGCCCGUGAAUCAAGUGCCUAAACAAAGAAGACUGUAAAAUAAUUAUUAUAAAAGAAAAAAAGGUUGUAAGUGCCAGCAUUUUGAGGAAGUAAAUGACAAACUUUUCAAAAAGAAAGAACUAACAGAGUGCAAAGGUAAUGUCAGUGUGGCUCUACCCUCUUUUCUCCCCACUCAUCACCGUCUUUGCCGACAAGAGUUUUCAAUAAUGGUAAAAGUGAUGUUCAAGGAUCUAUGAUCAUUUUAAUUUACAUUAAAACACUUGCUUUUGUUCUAGAUAAUAUGUAUUGGCUAUGCUUUGGUGUACAUUUCGCAUACAUUUUGCUGCACAGUCACAUUUAUAACCUACUUCUGCAAGAUUGAUAUCAACAUCGUUUGUGGAGGAUUUCUACCCGCCAUCCUCUCAAAAAGUAUCCUAAUUUAUCUUUUGAUAAUGCACACUGUUUGAAUAUAUAGAUUUAAAGGAGACCUGCACUUUUGUGUAGUUUUUACUAUGAUUUACAAUCCGUAUGUGAGACAAGAACACAUAUGUUUUUUUUAAUGCAUUGUAACUCGAAUAUAAACGCUGGCAAAAGUCUGCUAACAAUGGAGGUAAUAGGAUUCGCGGCAUUCCGCCUAUAAAGCACUCUAAAAACAUCCAAACACCUCCAUCAACGUUUUGUAUUCAUCCUUUAAGCAUAUAUCUUAUGUAGUAUCAGGUACAUUAUAAAUAGCAUUUAAUUUUGACGUAUUAUGGUCAUUUUACGCGUAUGACAACAUAUCUCCAAGGUUCUCAUAGUCAUCAUUGCCACUGGCGUCCCACUGGGUGUGAAUUCUCCUUGCCCAGUGGGUGUGAUUUUUCUUUGCCCUUACGUGGGUUCUUCCGAGGAUGUCGUAGUCGUUUGUACAGUCCUUUGAGACAUUUGUGAUUUAGGGCUAUAUAAAUAAACAUUGAUUUAUUGAUUGAUUGAUUGAUUUAUUGAUUAAUUUCACAGAUGCAUCACAAUAUUUGCUAUUUCUUUUUACAACAGUAACUAUUAUGCUUGGCAGACUUCAUGACAUCAAAUGAGAAAAAUUAUGAUCCAGAACCUUAUAUUUUUGAGCCACAAUAUACUAAAUAUGAUCUAUACGUUUCACAAGCUAAGCGAUGAGCAGAUCCAACAAGUAGCACUAUUGCUAAACAAUACAUACAAACUACAAACGUAAUAGAAAAUCAAGAAUUAACUUUUACCAACUCAGAGGCGAUACAGCAGCUCACCGGCUUAGUAUGUCAAUAGCUGCAUGGGCUAGUUACCUCUCUGUGACCAAGGCGCCGGUAAAAGUAUUUCCUUGUCAUCAGUGCUUAUAAUAAUAAUAAUAAUAAUAUUGCUAAAACGUGGUUAAUAUUUAGGUCACAAGAUGUAAAUAGGAUAUUGUUGGCGGUUUUUGGAUGUUUUUUAGAGUACUUUACUCCCAUUAGCUGUAUUAUUAGUCGUAUAUUAUGAAUUAGACUACAUAAAAAGACACAUAUGGUCUUGUCUCACAUAGGGAUUGUGAAUGAUAAGCAAAAUUCUAAAAACAACUCUAGUUUGCCUUUUAAAACAAACAUCAUUGCUAUUUUUUUCGAGACACUGUCAAAAAUAAAGUUCAUUAACAUAAUAGAAUAUUCCAGUCACAACAUUUGGUAUACCUGCUUACUCUCAGAUUGAUACAGAGCUGUAUAAAAAUGCUGAUUGAGCUGUAUUUAUAUCACUGCAUGUCGGUGUUGUUAUGCGCAUGCCAAUAUUAGAUGAAAAUUAUACGUUAUCCUACCUUCUCUUGUGUUCCCUCAAACCAAGGCCACAAUAUCGCCGGCUUUUUCCGUUUGAGUUUAGCGGCUAAUCCAUUUUCACAAUGGUCCAACAUGACAAAACAAAAAUGUCAUUAAGACACAAUAAAACACGUACCGUAUUUUUCGGACUAUAAAUUGCGUUUUUUUUCAUAGUGUGGCCGGGGUUGCGACAUAUACUCCGGAGCGACUUGUGUGUGAAAUUAUUGACACAUUACCAUAAAAUAUCAAAUAAGAUUAUUUAUCUCAUUCGCGGAAGAGACGAAGAAAAUGUCAGCAAUCCUCACACACGUCAGCAAUCCUCACAUACACGUUAACCAAUAAGAAUUUGGCGGGGGGGGGGGGUCAUGGCAGAAGUGCAUUGUGGGUCAUGGAAUGCUAACUGCUAUAUGCUACUGCCGUAGCUAUUAAAAUGGAUCAUUUCAUCUUUGGCGCUAACUUAUAAAAACUGAGAAGGGCUGAACAAAAACGGCACCGAAAAGGAAAUCAUGUACUGCAGAUUACACAAUAUGAAAUAAUAUUAUUUAUGUCAGUCGUGGAAGAGAGGAAGAAAAUGUCAGCAAUUGUCACACACACAUCAGCAAUUGUCACAUACACGUCAACCGAUAACAAUUUGGCGGGGGAUGGUCAUGGCAGAAGUGCAUUGUGGGUCAUGGAAUGCUAACUGCUAUAUGCUACUGCCGUAGCUAUUAAGAUGGAUCAUUUCAUCGUUGGCGGUAACUUAUAAAAACUGAGAAGGGCUGAACAAAAAUUGGACCGAAAAGAAAAUCAUGUACUGCAGAUUACAAGCUGAAUGUAGUGAAAUACUGUAUGCAGCAGAAAACGACAAGAGGAAGCGGCACAUACCUUUGGAGUUGGCAGAGGUGUUUAGAAGCGACAUCGAGGAAGAAGAUUUCAUGGGAUUUAUCGAUUAGGAGUAACAGAUUGUUUGGUAAACGUAUAGCAUGUUCUAUAUGUUAUAGUUAUUUGAAUGACUCUUACCAUAAUAUGUUACGUUAACAUACCAGGCACGUUCUCAGUCGGUUAUUUAUGCGUCAUAUAACGUACACUUAUUCAGCCUGUUGUUCACUAUUCUUUAUUUAUUUUAAAUUGCCUUUCAAAAGUCUAUUCUUGGUGUUGGAUUUUAUCAAAUAAAUUCCCCCUAAAAAUGCGAUUUAUACUCCAGUACGAGGUAUAUGUUUUUUCCCUUAAUUUUCGGCCGGUAAGACGUAUACUCCGGAGCGAUUUAUAAUUCGAAAAAUACGGUACCCUAUUUAUUUUAUAGACAUCAAAGAGGAUGGAUUGGAUUUACAUAAUUUCCUAUAGGAAAAAUUGCUUUGAUUUUUGUGUUAUUUGGUAUUCCUCUGACCUUUUAAAACAUAUCAUUAACAAAUUAUACAAGUACAACUGUAUUUAGUUUUUUCUUUAUAUUUGUAGACUUUGAAACAGUGAUAAUAAUUGGGAAAUAAAUGGUUACAGUAUUAAUAAGCUUGUAAAGGUUAACACAGCUGAUGACCUAAAGACUACUGGGCAGGGUUUUUAUUUAACAGACUUCCACCUUUAAUUACAGAGCUAUGUCUUCUUUUUUAUUUUGCGUAAUGCCAUUUUAUGCAAAGAAGAGUAUUUGUGAAAUAUGAAAAAUAAAAAUAAUGUAACCAUAGUUUUUAUACUUUACAUGGAUGAAAAUAUUUUCCUGACAAAAAUGACUGUAUAAAAUCAACAGAGUUCACCAAAUUCAAGACUUUCCUCCUUUCCAAUGCCACAGUACUUUGUGCAUUUUGUGCAUGGAGCUGCCUUCACUUUUGUCAUCACUAAGAAAACAUAUCUUACAGGUAAGAUCAGAUCAGGCCACUCACUUGUCUAAUUAAUAUGUAUUUUUUUUCCUUCAUAAAUUUUGGGUACGUUUAGUGGAUUUAACACGAUCAGAAUUUUAGGAGCUUAUAUUGUUUAUUUCAUUUUUGUCAACUUCAUGUAAUCAACCAUUUAGACAUGACCAACAACAUUUGAUGCAUUUCUAAUUAAAAUCCUCAUUCUCUGUGGGCUGUACCUGUUUAUUGAGAUUAAUUAAAACUUGCAUGACUGGAAA